AUGUCUGAAGGAACAAUGCCCAGCGACCGCUUCAAAGAUGUCAUGCUCCGCGUGAAAGCUCUUUUUGACGAAGCCUCCAACAACGAAAGCUUCGAGUUCAGCAAGGAACCCGCCCUCGCCGCCGAGCUCAGGACGAACCCCGACGCAAAGAAAUUCACAUUCUUGAGAGGCCAUGCUGCGAAAGGCAAGGACCAAGGCGACAACAUCUCAGCUAAGAUAUGGAUGAGACUCAAGAAGCGUGACGAUGGGGACGGACCAGGGGCAAUCAAUCUUAAAGGUGUCCACGCUGAACUUUGGAAGCGUUUGGAAGAGCUAAGGGCUGAAGACUUUGGCUAUCAGUCAAAGUUUAGCACAUAUUCAGCUCACAAGACAAUAGAAGGUGCUUCAAAUACCUAUCAUUGUCAGCCAAAAUUCGAACAUCCCGAACUCAAAUCCAAAAUGUCUCAACAAUCCUCCAGCAACAACCAGCAGGAUGUCGUCAUGUCCGGCGUGGACCAGACUACACUGCCACAAGGCUUCCCCAGCGACCGCCUGAAGAGCGUUAUCCACAUAGCGGACGAACUUGUGGAAAAAUUCGACCGGCAAAUCCGCUUCGACAAUAAUCCCGCCGAUGCCUCAGAUGCCGGGAAAUGGACAGAGUUCGAUAAGUACGUCACCCCUGGCAUCUACGCAAUCGACUUAGUCUCAGUCUGGAUCUUCAUGAGGUUUAAGAAUCCGGAUAAGAUGGCUCCAGAAGUCAUAUUGGACUUCACUGAAUCCCGCAAGGCAGCGCGGGAGCAAGUGCAGGAUCUACAGGCUGAACAAUUUGCAUAUGAUGAGGGAAAAUGGAGAGUCAUCAAGGAUCUGAAGUGCAUAUUGCCCGGUAGCAAUGAGCUUCACGUUCUGCAAGUUAAGAUCGAGGUCAAGUUAUCGGAGAAGGCUACGAGAGGCCUGAAGAAUGUCCAGGGAGGCGACGAGUGGCCCGGCGAAACCUGA